AUGAGUGUGACGAAGGAGCAGAUGCUGUACAGAAUAUCAGGAAGAAUGACAGAGGAUGUACUGACGGCUUGCAAGUUUGCUCAGUUGCCGGAAGCUGGUGCUGGUGGUGGUGCUGUUGCUGGUGGUGGUGCUGGUGCUGGUGGUGCUGAUGGUGCUGGUGUUGGUGCUGGUGGUGCUUGUGCUGGCGCUGGUGGUGGUGGUGGAUGUGGUUGUGGUGGUGCUGCUGCUGCUUGUAGCCCUUUCCCAAAGGCUCUCGAUACGGGUAAUGGAGGCACUAUUGCCGAUGACGGAAAUUGUGGUGCCCUGGCACGAAAGCCUUUCGUAGCCGGCGCAGCCGCAGCCCUGGAGUAG